AACAUAAAAUAUUUAAGCCGUAAGCGAAGAUUGAUCGAUCGUGGCUGACCGACGAAGAGGUUCAUCGGGAAUAUCAAAUUGUAUUUCGGCUGAUAAGGCAGGGUUAAAAGCGACAAAUCAAAAUCUUUCGCGUUCUCUCUCAUUUCUUCGCCUCUCAACCUAUCCACCUCAAAGUCUCUCUCCUUCACCGCGAUUCCGAUUCGCCUCUCAAUCCAAGGUCCGCCGACGAAGAAGAGAAAGAGAAAGUCGCCGGAUUCUCAAUCUCCGAUCGGCCUAAAUGGAGAUCGCGCCGGAGGUCCCGGCGGCACGUGGAGGCGGCGGCGGGGAGGCUAUCGCCGCCUCCCUUGACCCCGUCCUCGAGCCCUCCUCUUCUUCAUCGUCGACUCCUGCUUCGCCUGAGAAGGACGCUGAAAAGAGCCCGCUGAACAAGUACGACGUCGACGAGGAUGAGGGGGACGUGUGUAGGAUUUGCCGGAAUCCCGGGGACAACGAGAAUCCUCUCCGGUACCCGUGCGCGUGCAGCGGGAGUAUAAAGUUCGUUCACCAAGACUGCCUCUUACAGUGGCUUAAUCACAGCAACGCUCGCCAAUGUGAGGUCUGCAAGCAUGCAUUUUCAUUCUCCCCUGUUUAUGCUGAGAAUGCUCCAACGACGCUUCCUCUUCAAGAGUUUGUUGUGGGGAUGGCUACGAAAGCAUGCCAUGUUCUGCAAUUCUUCUUGCGUCUGAGUUUUGUACUUUCCGUUUGGCUCCUUAUCAUACCUUUUAUUACCUUUUGGAUAUGGAGAUUGGCAUUUGUGAGAAGUUUUGGUGAAGCCCAAAGACUUUUCUUGAGUCACUUAUCAACUACAGUUAUUCUUACCGAUUGUUUGCAUGGGUUCCUACUUUCAGCGAGUAUUGUGUUUAUUUUUCUUGGAGCCACUUCUUUGAGGGAUUACUUUAGGCAUUUAAGAGAAAUUGGAGGGCAGGAUGGUGACAGAGAAGAAGGAGACAGAAAUGGUGCUCGAGCUGCAAGAGGACCUCCUGAUCAAGCUAAUAGGAACUUCGCUGGAGAUGGAAAUGGGGAUGAUGCUGGUGGAGUUCCAGGAAUUGCUGGAGCUGGUCAAAUAAUAAGAAGAAAUGCUGAAAAUGUUGCUGCACGGUGGGAAAUGCAAGCAGCUCGUAUUGAGGCUCAAGUUGAACAAAUGUUUGAUGGUUUGGAUGAUGCUGACGGUGCAGAGGAUGUACCCUUUGAUGAGCUAGUUGGCAUGCAGGGACCUGUUUUCCAUUUGGUGGAAAAUGCUUUCACUGUUCUUGCAAGCAAUAUGAUAUUCCUUGGAGUCGUAAUCUUUCUGCCCUUCUCUCUGGGACGGAUUAUAUUGCACUAUUUAUCAUGGUUGUUGUCCUCUGCUACUAGUCCAGUACUGUCAACAGUGAUGCCACUUACAGAGUCAGCCCUCUCCUUGGCCAAUAUCACAUUGAAGAAUGCAUUAACUGCUGUUGCAAAUUUGACAUCAGAUGGCCGAGAUGCUAGUGUACUUGGUGAGGUUGCAGAAAUGUUGAAGGAAGAUGCUGUUGGACCACAUGAAGUAUCAAACAAUCUUAGCACAGCACUCACAGCUGAUAUUUUAAAAGGAGCAUCUGCUGGAACAUCACGUCUUUCUGAUGUUACAACUCUUGCUGUGGGCUACAUGUUUAUAUUCUCUCUAAUCUUUCUCUACCUUGGAAUUGUUGCAUUGAUACGGUACACUAAAGGCGAGCCUUUGACUAUGGGAAGAUACUGUGGUAUUGGUUCAAUAGGAGACACAAUUCCUUCCCUCCUCAGACAGUUUGUGGCUGCAAUGAGACACUUAAUGACCAUGAUUAAGGUUGCUUUCCUUCUUGUCAUUGAACUUGGCGUUUUCCCUCUGAUGUGUGGAUGGUGGCUGGAUAUUUGUACCAUAAGACUGUUUGGCAAGUCAAUUGUUCAAAGGGUUGAGUUCUUCUCAAUCUCUCCAUUAGCAAGCUCAUUGGUUCAUUGGGUGGUAGGAAUUGUGUAUAUGCUACAAAUUAGUAUCUUUGUCAGCCUUCUUCGAGGGGUCUUGCGUAAUGGGGUUCUUUACUUUCUUCGAGAUCCAGCUGAUCCAAACUACAAUCCGUUCCGUGAUUUAAUUGAUGAUCCUGUGCAUAAACAUGCUCGUCGGGUUCUGUUGUCUGUUGCUGUCUAUGGGAGUUUGAUUGUGAUGCUGGUAUUUUUACCAGUUAAACUAGCAAUGCGAAUGGCACCCUCCAUUUUCCCACUUGAUAUUUCUGUCUCAGACCCAUUCACAGAAAUCCCUGCUGACAUGCUUCUCUUUCAAAUCUGCAUUCCAUUUGCUAUUGAGCACUUCAAAUUGCGCACAACUAUUAAGUCCCUACUGCGCUAUUGGUUUACAGCAGUUGGAUGGGCACUUGGUUUAACAGAUUUCUUACUCCCUGGACCUGAGGACAAUAGUGGCCAGGAAAAUGGAAAUGCUGAGCCAGCACGCCAGGAUAGACUGCAUGUACAACUGGGUGGACAAGAUCGGGCAGUGGGGAGACUUGUGGCUGCUGAUGAUUUGAACAGGGGCAGGCAUGCGACGGCAGACAAUGUUGUUGCUGAAGAGUAUGAUGGUGAUGAACAAUCUGACUCAGAGUUCGGGUUCGUGCUUCGCAUUGUAUUACUGCUGGUGGUGGCUUGGAUGACUCUGCUUAUGUUUAAUUCUGCCUUAGUAGUUGUACCUAUCUCACUUGGACGAGCACUGUUCAAUGCCAUUCCGUUGCUCCCUAUAACUCAUGGCAUCAAGUGCAAUGAUCUGUAUGCUUUUGUUAUUGGAAGCUAUGUCAUCUGGACUGCACUGGCUGGAAUCAGGUAUUCCAUUGAGCUCAUUAAAACAAGGAAGGCUACAGUUCUGCUUGGCCAAAUUUGGAAAUGGUGUGGCAUUGUAUUGAAGAGUUCUGCAUUGUUAUCAAUAUGGAUUUUUGUCAUCCCAGUUUUAAUUGGUCUGCUGUUCGAACUUCUGGUAAUUGUACCAAUGCGGGUGCCUGUGGAUGAGAGCCCAGUUUUCCUCCUGUAUCAGGAUUGGGCUUUGGGACUCAUCUUCCUUAAGAUCUGGACCAGACUGGUUAUGUUGGACCACAUGGUGCCUCUGGUGGAUGAGAGUUGGCGAAUAAAGUUUGAAAGAGUGAGAGAAGACGGUUUCUCCAGGUUGCAGGGAUUUUGGGUGCUGCAGGAAAUUGUUUUGCCAAUCAUUAUGAAGCUGCUCACUGCAUUGUGCGUUCCCUACGUUCUGGCCCGAGGAGUGUUUCCAGUAUUUGGAUACCCAUUAGUAGUGAACUCAGCUGUCUACCGGUUUGCCUGGUUGGGAUGCCUCGGAUUCAGCCUGCUCUGCUUCUGUGCCAAGAGAUUCCAUAUUUGGUUCACCAACCUUCACAACUCCAUACGCGACGACCGCUAUCUGAUUGGCCGUAGGCUUCAUAACUUUGGGGAGGACACGGGGGCAGGGGAUAGGCGGCCAAAUGCCUCGGAGAUGCAAAAUGAAAAUGCAAGGGAGAAUGGUUUAAUCCAGCAUGAUCAUGAGGCCGACGUAGGAUUGAGGCUGAGGCGAGGUAAUAAUAGGCAAGAUGCCUGAUAGCCAAUUUUUGGCCCCCUCCUCCCUCUCCUGCAUUUAACAUGUUAAAGAUAAUUGUAUACAAUUUGUUAACUUGUUGCAUCGUCUCAUAGGGAUGUUGUGUGUGCGCAUCAGUGUUUAGUGUUAUUUUUGUUUUGGCUUGGCAAUGUUUAGUUAUGUAGUUUGUGAAUAUUAUAUAUUAUAAUUUGUGAAAGCAUUUGAGACUCCAGAAAA